AUGGCAGGCAGGUUAGGCUGUUUACGUUUUCUUUCCAACACAAGCAGUUUAUUGAGCAAGAAGUCUCCCGUACUUAAUCAGACGCCUGUGUCAACAAGAUGUAUGCAUUUCAAUUACGUCCCUGAUACACCGGCAAGAGAACAUGGGGAGACAACUCGCAUGAACUUGUUCCAGUCUAUCACAAGUGCUCUUGAUAUAGCCCUUGCCAAGGAUUCCUCAGCAGUUCUCUUUGGGGAAGAUGUUGCAUUUGGUGGAGUCUUCCGAUGCAGUGUUGGUCUAAAGGAAAAGUAUGGAUCUGAUAGGGUGUUCAACAGUCCUUUAAGUGAGCAAGGAAUUGUUGCAUUUGGCAUCGGUGUUGCCCUCACUGGGGCCACAGCUAUUGCAGAAAUUCAGUUUGCAGACUACAUUUUUCCUGGGUUUGAUCAAAUCAGGAAUGAAGCAGCGAUGUACCGUUACAGAUCUGGAAAUGAAUUUGAUUGUGGCAAACUGACCAUACGAACACCCUGCAGCGCUGUUGGCCAUGGAUCUCUGUACCAUUCACAGAGUGUGGAGGCUUUCUUUGCUCAUUGUCCUGGCUUGAAGAUUGUGAUGCCCAGAGGCCCCAUCCAGGCCAAAGGGUUGCUGCUGUCCUGCAUACAGGAUAACAAUCCCUGUAUUUUCUUUGAGCCAAAAAUCCUGUACAGAUCAGCCAUUGAGGAAGUUCCUAUUGGAGAUUAUACAUUACCAUUAUCGAAAGCUGAAGUUAUACUUGAAGGUAAUGAUGUGACUCUGAUUGGCUGGGGAACCCAGGUUCAUGUGUUGAGGGAAGUGGCCGCACUGGCACAGCAGAAGUUCAAUGUGUCGUGUGAGGUGGUUGAUCUGUGUACCAUUCUGCCAUGGGACAGAGAGACAGUGGCUCAGUCUGUGAAGAAAACUGGGCGAGUUCUCAUCUCACAUGAGGCACCCAUUACCAUGGGUUUUGGUGCUGAGCUGGCUGCCACCAUACAGCAAGAAUGCUUUCUUCAUCUGGAGGCACCCGUUGAGCGAGUCUGCGGGCACGACACUCCAUUCCCUCAUGUAUUUGAAGCAUUCUACCUGCCCGACAAGUGGCGAUGUAUUGAGGCUGUCAAGCGACUGAUUAGCUACUAG